AAGACUGUCCAGAUAUAAUCAUAACGAACACAUAGAAUCUAAAGAUUUCAUCGUUUCAAAAUCAUUGACAUACUCUUAAGACUACAGCUUUUAUUUUUGAAAGGAAAUUAUGAAUUUGUUAUAUCAAAAGCGCUCACUAUAGUGCGUGCAUGGUGGGUUACAUAACUAUCGCAUUAAAUAAUCCUAGGACAACCCUCCCCACGUUAUACACUCUUGUAUAAUUGGCAGUAUAGGCCAAAACAAAUCAUUCGCAGUGAUCUCUGGCGUGAACUUCGUAUCUGUUCACAACAUUAGCAACUAUUUAUAUGUUUGUAGUGAUGUCCUGAAUGAGUAGCAUAGUUUAGAGAUGAGUAGAUUCUUUUUCGAUCGAUUCUUCGCCAGGCGGCUGUCGCAAAGGGGUUAUUCCACCUCUUGGUCUGAUCUGGCCAAUGCCUUCAACACAAGACCAACCACACAACUAAAUCUGAGCUUAGUCAAAGAGAAUAAGGGUCUAUUUGAAGUACCUGAAUUGUCUUCAUAUGAAGGCUUUUAUUUACUCAAGGAUAGGUGUAUUUCAGAAACAAAUGGCCUCAUCCAGGAAGCCAUUAGUGAGAAUCGGACACGGAAGAUGGUUGAAAUAUUUGAUGAACUCUCUGACAACCUAUGCAAGGUUGCUGAUCUAGCUGAAUUUAUUAGGCUGGCACACCCCAGUGGCAAAUAUAAACAGGCUGCUGAAAUUGCUUGUGGUGCAGUCAGUGGGAUUGUUGAAAAAUUGAACACUCACAAGUCUUUGUAUGAUGCUCUGCAGAGGGUAGUAAAGGAAGGAGAUCUAAUUCCAACCAAUGAUGUGGACAACCAUGUAGCCCAAUUAUUCUUAUUUGAUUUUGAGCAAAGUGGAAUUCAUUUGCCAGAAGCUGAGCGAAAUAAAGUUGUUGCUUUGAAUGACUCAAUUUUGCAUUUGGGACAGCAUUUUGUUGCAGGAGCUGCCAAUCCUCGUAAAAUCAAAAAACAACAGCUACCUCAAUAUAUACAACAUGUAUUUCCUGCAGAUGGCGAUAAUGUGCUAGUAUCUGGUUUGAAUGCUGAAUCUACAAAUCCUGUGGCUAGGGAACUGGCAUAUAGAAUUUACUUACAUCCUGAUCCUCAUCAAGAUUAUUUAUUGACAGAAUUGUUGAAAGCAAGACAUGAGUUGGCUGUCAUUUGUGGAUUUCAGACUUAUGCUGAGAGAGCUUUAAAGGGAAGCAUGGUGGAAACGCCAAAUACUGCAAUGGAUUUUUUAAAUUUGUUGUCUACAAAUUUGAGGGAAAGGGCUGAGAAUGACUUCAAUGUAAUGGCUAUGAUGAAAAAAGCUGAUAAUCCCCAGUCUGGUGCACUCUCUGCUUGGGAUAUACCAUACUUCACACAAAAGUACAAAAAAGAAAAGUUUAAAGUCGCUUCAAGUGAAUAUUCGCCAUACUUCUCGCUGGGUUCGUGCAUGGAAGGAUUAAAUAUAUUAUUUAAUAGACUAUAUGGGAUUAGCUUAGAUAAUAAGGAAAUAUUUAAUGGUGAAGUAUGGACGUCUGACGUGUACAAAUUGGCUGUGACUCAUGAAACUGAAGGAUUGCUUGGGUACAUUUACUGUGAUUUUUAUGAAAGGGAUGGUAAACCAAAUCAAGACUGUCAUUUUACUAUUAGAGGCGGUAAACUGAUGGCCGAUGGUUCUUACCAGUUACCAAUUGUUGUACUUAUGCUGAAUCUUCCAAUGCCUAGAUGGUCUACUCCUUCAUUACUAACACCUAGCAUGGUAGAUAACCUGUUCCACGAAAUGGGUCAUGCCAUGCAUUCGAUGCUCGGCAGAACUCGAUAUCAGCAUGUUACAGGGACGAGAUGCAGCACGGACUUUGCCGAAGUACCAUCGGUAUUGAUGGAAUUCUUCGCUAGAGAUCCAAGAGUGCUAAGGACUUUUGCUAGACACUUCCAGACAAAAGAGGCAAUGCCUGAAGAUAUGCUCCAGAGGCUUUGUGCAUCCAAGCACCUGUUCACGGCUAGUGAAAUGCAGAUUCAAUUGUUCUACUCAGCUCUAGAUCAGAAUUAUCAUGUGAGACAUCCAUUGAACGGUAACACGACGGACGUUCUGGAAGCCACGCAGAAUAACUUCUACAGUUUGCCUUAUAUAAAGGACACAGCAUGGCAAUUGCGGUUCAGCCAUCUGGUUGGUUACGGCGCUAAAUAUUACUCAUAUUUGGUUUCCACUGCUUUGGCCUCUUGGAUCUGGCAGACCUAUUUUGAGGCGGAUCCGCUGAGCAGAACGCAGGGCGAAAGGUAUAGAAGGGAGUGCUUAGCUCACGGAGGUGGAAAAUCACCAUGGAACCUCGUCGCAGAUUUCCUCCAGAAGGAGCCUCUACCUAGUCACUUGGUCGAAUCUAUAAUACACGAGGUCGACUCCAAAAACGAACUGAUGGAACAGGUCGCGAAAAUAUACAAAAACUAAUUAAAGUCCAGAUAUUUUUUUUAUUUAUAAAAGAAUCCUCUCAGAAUAUAACAUGUUUCAGACCGACGACAUCGAAAACGCAAUUGUUUCAUAUUUACAAAUAUAGUUGUUACAUACAAAUAAA